UCUUCAGCUGAUGCAUAUGGAUGUAAAAUAGAGGUGAAUUCUGCUACAGCCCUCGCCAAAGCAGAGUAUAAAAACCGCCGACAGCGACCUACCUACAGCUGCACACCUGCCAGCAGUUCCACCCAAUACGAGGUCCAUAUAUUGACUGUGUACGAAGUUAUUAACAGACGUCCACCAACAGCCGGAAACGCUAUUGUAAAUAUCGUCAGUAGCGGAAAGUCAAACAGGCCGAUAUGUCUCGUCCUUGGUAACUACGAACCUGUAAAUUGGAUUCUCAAGUUACCCGCUGGUACUUCCAUCAGUAAAGUUAUUUUGGUAAGUACACUUUCGUAAUAGGAACUGAUAUUAGCGAAAUUAUUGUGUUAAAAGAAACCUUUUGUAUUGGAGGUAAGUGUGGUAUGACUGAGGUACAGUCAAACAAAAGUGUCCGUAUGAACGGGGUGUCCGUAUUAAGCGGGUCAUGUUAUUAAAGUCAAAAAACCCCUUUCACUAUAUUGGAGGUAAGUGUGGUAUGACUGAGGUACAGUCAAACAAAAGUGUCCCUACGAACGGGGUGUCCGUAUUAAGCGGGUCAUGUUAUUAAAGUCAAAAAACUCAUUUCACUAGAACAAAAUACCAAAUAAAUAAAAGAGGACAUAAGCAUCGUCAAACUCAACUUCUCUGACCUUUACAAAGCCGUCAUUACGUGGCUUAAGUCCACGGAAACACUUAAAAAUCGCUCAUUUACAAAUCAUCCUAUCCAGUGUAUAGUAGCCCCGAGAACACCUAAAAAGGUUAAAUUUGUCAGUUUACCUUUGAGAUGUAAAAUCUUAUGUUUUGAGCAAUUUUUUUGGUUGGGAUCACCGGCAAAUAUGUCACAAGAAGUUAAAAUUAUUUGUCGUACCUAUUCAACAAAACUUUUAAGGCAGUUUGCUUGCCAUAGCAGGUAUCAAUGUUGGGAAAACUUUCAGCAAACUUUAGUAAUAACUAAUAAAUAAUCCUAUUUAUGUCCUUUACGAAAAGAAACAACGUGUGAUGUGUUGAUGGUGAUUUGUGUUUUAUUUGUAGGUUGCUAUGUAUGUGGAUGAAAGUUCCGUUAGUGGAGACUUAAACCAAGUGAAGGCAAUUGAACGAAAGCCUUGGGGUAAUUCAGGAUGGAAAGUAGGAUGGGGCAGUGACUCGGGAGGGGGUGAUACAGUGGCGCUAUUGAAGUGAGUAACCUUACAGCAAAAGAAAGCAUAUUCAGGGUGAUCUCCACAAUUUUUGCCAAGUCUUAGUGACUUAUCAGUUAGCCUUUCACGUGCUUUCGACCCCCUCCCCCUUUUUCAACAGUGUUUUAGUAGUAACCUUGCCACAGGCCAAAUGGAAAAGUGCUAUGUUUGGGAGUAUGGAGAGAGAGAGAGAGAGAGAGACCUGGGACAAAACAUAACACAAUCAAAGGGAAAAUUAAACAAUUUCUAAAGGGACGGAUCAUUAGUAAAGUCAUUGAGGGGGGGGGGCGUUCGAUAAAAAAAAAGAUCUUUACGCAAGAAAAAAUUGAAGGGAAUGUUAACGCAAAAAAAAACAAAACAACAACAACAACAACAACAACAACGUGCAGGUUGAAAACUCCCCACCCCCGCCAAAACUUUUCUAAUGCGUCACCCCUGAAAAUAUCUGCCUCUGGCGAUGGAUAAUUUCGUUGGUAUUCUUAAACAAAUAAACAACUUCAAUCGGCUGCACAAGAGCCCUUGGGAAAGUGAAGCAAUAUUUGUAAUUAUCUGUAAUUUUUGGGUGCUCUCAUAAAACUGUACUACCUUAUGGAAAAUACCUUGCCAGUUCGUCCCAAGACUUUUGUCGAUGAUUGUAGUUUAAGGUUUACAAGUUUUCAUUUCAACAUUAAAAAGCGAAAAUGUACACACUGCUCUAGCUAUCCGCAAUAAAGAGGGUUAAUUUUGGAAUGUAUUUUUGAUACAAUUUUAUUGAAACACUUUGAUAUAAGAAUUGUGUCACAGCUAUAUGCCUGGUAUUGUCGGUUUUGCAUGGACUAUUCAUAUAACUAAAGUUCCCUUUUUUGUAGACAAGUUCACAAGAGAUAUGGCGUGGUGACAUCAUUUACGAGCACUUACAGAGCAGAUGAAUGGUCACUGGAGUUGUCUUCCUUACACGGUAACCAAGAAGUGCUUUAUUGAGAAUCGAGUUUAAAAUGAAAUACCCUGCGAACAGAGGCUUCAUUUUCGCUGUGUGAGCUGUCGUGCGAAAAGUAGCCUCUGCCGACAACCGUUCAAAUCCGUCCAGAAAUCUGGACGAAUAAAUUUAAAAAACGGGUUUUUUUCUGUUCUUGACCGGUUUAGAGCAUUGCGUGAGUCUUGCGUAGCAGAUCAGUGUUGUCGCAAUUCUUUUAAUUCCCGCGAAACUCGCGCCAUUUGACGACAGACUGACGAUUAAUUUUGCUUACGAAUCUCGUGACGACUUUCGCGCAUGCACGAUAGAAAAUUUAACGGUUGUCGGCAGAGGCUACUUUUCGCACGCCAGCUCACACAGCGAAUGUAGCCUCUGCUCACAGGGUAAAAAUGAAAGAGACCUCUUGUGUGUUUCGGGGACAAAAUGAGCGUACACUUCGGAUAGCGUUUAAGCCAUAAAUUGAAUUGCUACAAUAAUUUACUAUAAUGGUGUUGUCAAGGUUUAUUGGAAGUCAUUUUGUUUAAGAAUUCUUCUUCCAUUGGUAUCAUAACUUACUUAUACAGUUACUAUAAAUAUUGAAAGAAAACGUAAAACAGGUUUGGAAAGGAGUAGAAACAAUCGAAAAACUGUGGAAAAGGGAUGUACUCAAGUAGAACUGUAAGGUGAGGGACAGAAAAGCUAUUACAGCUAACCGUAUGUGCCAUUCCCAAAGUCCAUGUCAAUUAAGUUAUUUGGACGAAAAUUUAUCCUAUUUAUUGCUGAUUUAUCAUUAUCGGUCUGGCUCAAAUAUACACAUCGUAGAAAGGGUAUUAUUUCAGUUUGGCUCAGCUAAUAAACUCUGCUCUUGUCAACCGCAAAAAAUCACUGUUUUUUUUUUUAUCGGCGUUCAGUUGGAUUAUAGUAUUUGGCUGGUUAACUUGAUUCAUCUAAUUGCCAAGAAAUUUCAAAGCAUCAUUUUUGGAAAGUUGUUUGUGUACCAUAGGUUACACUAUAAUUUCGAUCAAUUUUUUUAUUUUACCAGACCAUUUUUCGCAUUUCUCUUGAGCAGGUUCAGGGUAUGGAAACCUCAGUAGCAGCUCUGUUGCCGCCAUCACACAAACUCCAACAGCUGCCGGUACACCAGCUCCCAGUUCUGCUGUCACCCCCACAUCAACUCUAACAGCUGCCCGGACACCAGCUUUCACACCUGUACCUACAUACAGCACCUCACCAUCACCUACACCCAAUCCACACAGGCAAAAGUGUCAUAUAUGGCAGAAUUUUUACUAUUGUUCUGGCCAAUAUAGUCAAAUGAAGGCUGUCUGCAAAGACGGAUAUUGCGUCUGCACUGGUCAAGGCUACAACUAUGACACUUGCUUACGUAAGUUGUCUCGUUAUGAUAGCGUGAAAGCUAAAACCUCAGAUAGCGGGCAGAUGUGUCAGUGAAAACUGCAUUGCUAAGUUAAUAGGUGUUUUAAGAAUGGCUCCUUUUUGAUUAACACAGAGGCUUUGCACUAAUCUGUGACUACUUUAAAGCAUAGUUUUGAUAUAGAGGGGUCUAUUGCUUGGAAGGGGGUUCUCAAGAGUGUUGUUUAGGACUUGCUCUUCUUAGAUGUUUCCUAAAGACACACUCACUUUAAUUUAUUAAGGCAAGCUGCAAUUGACUGAAUAAAUCACGGGCUGUCUGGACAACCCCCAAAACCAUCUCCAUCUUUGCUACUCUAACUUACUUUUUCAUUUCUUCAGCUGAUGCAUAUGGAUGCAAAAUCGAGGUGAAUUCUUCUACAACCCUUGCCAAACCAAACAUCCAACAACAACAGAGCUAUUCUACUUACAGCUGCACGCCCGGAAACAGUUCUACACAGUACGAGGUGCACGUAUUGUCCGUGAACAAGGUUCUUAGCAUGAGUUCUCCAACACCCGGUAACGCUAAUGUGAAUAUCGUCAGUCAUGGAAAGUCAAACAGACCGAUUGUACUCGUACUUGCAAGCUUCGGACCUGUUAACUGGAUUCUUAAUUUACCUGCUGGUAUUUUCAUUAGCAAAGUUAUAUUGGUAAGUACAUUCGCACAUCAUGAACUAAAAAAGCGAAAAAUCAUUCGACUCAGAGCUAGACUUAAUAGUCUUACGCAAUUUUCUUUUACCAACAGCAUGUCAAUUUUAGGGUAAGCUUUUUUGAACAUGUUAUUAUACUGUCAGAACAAAACCAAGAAUAAUCAUCUUGUCUUUCAAACAAGAAAAGAAAUGUUAAUGAGCAAGAGUUGUGUUUGAUUUGCAGGUUUCUUAUGAUUUGAAUAAAUGUUCUGUUAGUGGAGAUGUGAAACAAGUGCAGGCAAUUGAACGAAAGAGUGUCUCCUCUUCAGACUACGGGGAUAUUGGCUAUGGUAGUGAUUCGGACGGAGGAAAUACAGUGGAGCUUUUAAAGUAAGUCAUUAUCUGAACUACAAAAUUACUUAAGGUUAUUCCACAAUUCUUAUAGAAAAAUAUCCAUACAUCCUCCAGUCUGUUCAGAUCUUGAUAAUUUUGACAUAAGACAGUUCUAUAUUGUUGUUUAAGAUACCAACUUACAUUUUGCCUUAUAGAAAAGUGUACAACAGAUUUGGGGUGGUGACGUCAUUUACAGGUACUUACAGAGCGAAUGAAUGGUCACUGGUGGUACGCUCCUCAAACGGUACGUUUACCUAACGUUUUACUAUGUUACCAACCAACAUUACAGUACUGUUUUUCUUAGCUACUUGAACCUCCUUGCGGUCUGUUUAGAUAGUACCAUUUUCCUGGUUAAAUUGAUUAAUGUGAUUGAAAAGAAAAUUACAAGUAUCAUGUUUGAAAGUCCUCUUGUCCGUGUUAACAUCAUACUUUCUAUCAAUUUUAAAUUUUAUCAGACCAUUUUUCGCAUUUCUCUUGACCAGGUUCAGGGUAUGGAAACCUCAGUAGCAGCUCAGCUGUUGCCGCCAUCACACAAACUCCAACAGCUGCCGGUACACCAGCUCCCAGCUCUGCUGCCACCAUCACACCAACUCCAACAGCUGCCGGGACACCAGCUUCCACACCUGUACCUACAUACAGCACCUCACCAUCACCUACACCCAAUCCACACAGGCAAAAGUGUUAUAAAUGGCAGAACUCAUUCUAUUGUACUGGCCAAUAUACCAGAAGGAAGGCUGUUUGCAAAGAAGGAUAUUGCGUCUGCACUGGUCAAGGCUACAACUACGACACUUGCUUGCGUAAGUUGUUUUCUUGUGAUUUCCAUAGAUCAGGUAGAGUAAGCUGACACUCAGAUGCCGACAGAAGACGUACAAAGGUGCCAAGACAAAGAUAUAACCGUAUUCCACAGCCCGAUUUAGCCUUUUAUUAUGUUGACUCAAAAUAACGUUUCUAGAAAAUAGAGCCUAUAUUUUUUAAGGAGGUUUCAUACUGUGGUAUUUAGGACGUCCCUGAUCUUUUUCUAAGAGUAUGAGGUGUGAACACUGUUGGAAAAAGGGCCUUAAGAUUGGGAAACUUACCAAAUUUAAAGUUAAUACGUUAAAGCAAGCAAAGAUAUUGCGAGAAAUUCGCGAGAAAGUCGCGAAAUUUUACAAGGUUUGUACUUGCCUCCAACGUCCAAACGACUGUAAAAUUCGGCCACUUUGCGCAGUAUUAUCCUCGUUAAUGUUCAACAAAUCACGUUCAAAAUUGGCAUCUUCAUUAUUUUUAAGGCGUUCUUUUUAGCCGUAUUUAAAGAUUUUCGCUAACUGGUCCAAGUUAAAAGUUGGAAAAACCGUGGAAGGGUUUAUUAAAAGAAGAAGAAUUGGUUAGACCACCAGUGAUGCAGCAAUCCCAAACAUCAACUCCAUCUCUGCAUCUCUGAUUGUGGUCUUUUUGUUCUAUUUACGCUGAUUAUUACUCUGGGAACUUUUUCAUUUCUUCAGCUGAUGCAUAUGGAUGUAAAAUAGAGGUGAAUUCUGUUACAGCUCACGCCAAACCAAACAACCAACAACAGCAGGGCUAUUCUACUUAUAGUUGCACGCCUAGCAGCAGUUCCACACAGUACGAGGUCCACGUACUGUCUGUGUACGAGGUUAUUAACAGGCGUCCACCAACAGCCGGUAACGCAAAUGUGAAUAUCGUCAGUCGGGGAAAGUCAAACAGACCUAUUGUGCUCGUACUUGCAAGCUACGAACCUGUUAACUGGAUUCUUCAUUUGCCCGUUGGUAUUUCCAUCAGUAAAGUAGUAUUGGUACGUAUGUUUAGUUGUCUAGGACGCAAAAAAAUACUUAACCUUUUCAACAAUUGGGAUCAAAGUUUGAACCGUACCCCUUCGUCAAUAAAAAUGCUCAAGCGAUCCCAUUUUCGAAAAAAAAACGCACUCAAAUUGAGUGUUCAUUUAUUUACCAGGAAAGUACUAAUGCAGGGGACACUAUUUUCACGUCUCCUAGUGGAGACGGGGCUGCCAUUUGUUGUGGUCAUUUGAGCUACGCGAAAGACUUGCCGUUUGCCUGGAAAAGACAGUGCCUUCAUUACUCAUUUAUUUUAAGAUCCUCAGUAUAGGUCCAACACCGGGAAUCAAACCCGCGACCUGUGGUUCUGCAGUGAAGGGCUCUAUCGACUUAGCUAAUCCUGCCGCGUUAAAAGAAGAAAAAGACUGAGAAAAAAAGUUAAGGAUUUACUUGGAAAUUCUUCCUUUCAGAAGACGGUUAUGAUGAGUCCCUCGUCUUAUAAAGUUGUUUUCUACUUCAUCGCAAGUUACUUCGCUUUUAUCUUAGUCUCCCUUGUUAUUACUACUGUUGGCGGUUUAUUCAUUUCUAUUUCAUUUAUGAUCUUUAAUUUAUUGUACUGUAAUUGUCGUCUAGUUCAUCUUUAUAGACGAGGAAAAUAUGUCUUUUUCCUUCCUCUGUCUCGUAGCCUGCAGUGCAGGCGUUUUCUUCGGGCGCGCGAAUGUUUUGCUCGCAAAAGCGCCAUGUUGAAACUCGAAAAGAGGGGAGAAAAUGGGGCGAGUCAAAAGGAGCGGGAUAGGGGGCGGGAAGAGAGAAGGGCGUAUUUUUUUUCUCCCCUCCCCCUCCCCCCUUCCUUCUUUCGCCCUAGCACCUACCCUUAGGGUUACUAUUUUUACUCUCGCUAAUCUUCCUCCGUCAUAAUAAAUUAAGCAAGUGUGAAUAAAUUUGUUUGUUGUUGUUGUAUUCGCACAGCAGGAAUUAUAUUUUUAAAAAAAUCAUUCUUCAGUUGCUCAGUGACAAGUCACUGCAAUUAAUUAUGGUAUAGGGUAGGCAAUGUUGCUGUUCUCAUAGUCGAUCGGGCAAUAUAAUUUUUACAAAGUCUUUUUACCCCUGAUAGACAUGAUGUAUUCCACAUUGGAUAGCCUGAGUGACAGGCGAUAGUCUUGGGCCAGGAUUUUAAACUUUUUACUCCUUAGUUUAUAUAACACAACGUCUGGUCAAUAUUUUGUUUACUUAAAAUAAAUGUAUAGCCGAGGCAUUUGAAAACUGAGCAAUUUUUGCUGAAUAGACCAUUUUACAGUUGUGAGCUUAGUAUGCUAGCCUUUGAGUGAAUGUGAGCUUGAGGCAACAUUCAGACGGUACCGGUCGAAAAUUCGUACGUUUAGAUCUUCCCUUCACACGGAACCACGCUAACCGUUCGAAUAUUUGAACGGUAAAAUCGAGGUCAAAUUUUUGACCGGUACGGUCAAAAAUUUGAACGGCGAGGUGUUAACACAGUGACCGGCUAAAUUUUUUAACGGUUUAUAAGGCGACGUUGCAUGGAUCAUGGUCACUCAGCUGGGAGACGCCACUUUGAAUUUGCUUAGGUAUCGCUCUGCGCAUGAGCAGAUGGUAAAACCUCUGACAAAAGCCAUGCGCACAAGAGCUCUGGGGCCGAGAUUGUGACAGAAGUUAAAAUUCAAGCUGGUUCGACAGUUCCGUGUGAUGAGCGCGAAAUCCGUGUGAACAAAGUUUCUGUUAAAAUUCUUCAAUCGGUCGAAAAUUCUACCCGCUGUAAGGUGUGAACGUGGCCGAGGUUGACCUUGUUUUGACCUCUGUCCUUUUCAUAUGGAAAUUAUGCCUAAAAAAACUACUUACCAUAAGAACAACAUGAUUUACAUAAUAAAGCGGGAAGGGUUGUAUCAAAACAAGGUCAACUCCAGCCUCAUUUCCACCUGUAACUGUAAAAUGGACUAUAAUUAUUAGAAAGUGUGCAAUGUCUGCGAUCAUGACACUCUUAAGAACUAUGUAAAUGUGUAUACAAUGACAAAAGACAGAUGUUUUGAUGGUUUUUAUUGAUUAGAAGGUAUCAUUUCAAGGGAAAGAUACAUUAUUUAUGUUAACCAAAAUUCCAAAAUAUUCCGUGAUGCUAUCAUUUUAUGGUAAAAUAAAGAAAUAAUCUUUCAAACAAGUCAGGACUGAUCGAAAUGUUGAUAAUGAAGAGUUGGUUUUAUCUGCAGGUUUCCCAUUAUUUGGAUAAAAGCUCCGUUAGUGGAGACGUAAACCAAGUGAAAGCAAUUGAACAAAAGAGUUACCAUUAUGGAUAUGGCAGUGAUUCGGGGGGAGGAAAUACAGUGGAGCUUCUAAAGUAAGUAACUAACUAAACUGCGAAGUUAUUUGAGGGAAUUCCACAUUUCUUAAAGAAAAAAAAAUACAAGUAACCUCAAGUCUGCUGAGGUCUUGAUAAUUUUGAUAUACGAAAGUUUUUUAUUGUUCAUUGUUCAUUUUGGAUAUCAACUAACAUUUUGCCUUUAUUUUUAUAGAAAAGUGUACAACAGAUUCGGUGUGGUUACGUCAUUUACAGGUACUUACAUAGCAGAUGAAUGGUCACUGGUGAUACGCUCCUCAAGCGGUACGUAUAAAUAACAUUUUAUCUUCUUUACAACCGAAAUAACUUUGAUGUUUUUGCGAAAGGUUUGAACCCAGGAGUCAUUUUACAAGUAGGUUGAGCGUGAUCGUCCAGGUGAACUCCGGGUGAACGUAGUCCUGAAUAGGACUGCUGUUAUUGUCACUGUCAACAACAGUCCUAUUCCGGACUACGUUCACCAGGGCGAUCAUCCUCAACCUACUUAAGUAAUGUUUUCCAUAACUACUUGAACCUACUGGCGGUUUGUUCAAAUAGUACCAUUUUCCUACUUAACCUGAUUAUUGUGGUCGCAAAGAAUCUUUGGAAACACUUCUUGUGCAAGGUUACACUAUAAUUUCAAUCAAUUUUAGAUUUCGCUAGACCAUUGAUGGCAUUUAUCUUUGCGCAGGUUUGGGGUAUGGAAACCUCAGUAGCAGCUCAGCUGUUGCCGCCAUCACAGACACUCCAACAGCUGCCGGUACACCAACUCCCAGCUCUGCUGCCACCAUCACACCAACUCCAACAGCUGCCGGGACACCAGCUUCCACACCUGUACCUACAUACAGCACCUCACCAUCACCUACACCCAAUCCACACAGGCAAAAGUGUUAUAAAUGGCAGAACUCAUUCUGUUGUACUGGCCAAUAUUCCAAAAUGAAGGCUGUCUGCAAAGACGGUUAUUGCGUCUGCACUGGUCAAGGCUACAACUAUGACACUUGCUUGCGUAAGUUGUCUCGUUAUGAUAACGAAAAGCUAAAACCUCAGAUAUCGGGUACAUGUGUCAGUAAAAAUUGCAUUAAUAAGUUUAGGUGUGUUAUAAAAAUUCUCUAUUUUCCAAUUCCCCAUAAUACACUCUGUUUGCCCCCCAAAUUUUGCAUAAACCAUUGUUUUUAAAUGCUCCUGGGAGUAUUGCAUUUUUCCAAGAGCAUUUUAAGACAAUAAGUUAUGCAAAAUUUGGGGGGCAGACAGAGUGUAUUAUGGGGAAAUGGAAAAUAGUCAAUGGCUCCUGUUUGAUUAACGCAGAGGCUUUGCACUUAUCUAUAACUACUAACAAUUAUUCUUUGAAGUCGGGGUGAAUAGUGGCUUUCUGCACAACCCGCAAAACGAUCACCAUCUCUGACACUCUGAGUUACUAUUUCAUUUCUUCAGCUGAUGUAUAUGGAUGCAAAAUCGAGGUGAAUUCUGCUACAGCCCUUGCCAAACCAAGGUAUAACAACCAACAGCGCCAGACCACCUACAGCUGCACUCCUGACAGCAGUUCUACGCAGUACGAGGUCCACGUACUGUCUGUUUAUGAGGUUAUUAACAGACGUCCACCAACUGCCGGAAACGCUAUUGUGAAUAUCGUCAGCCGCGGAAAGUCAAAGAGACCGAUCGUUCUCGUCCUUGGUAGCUACGAACCGGUGAACUGGAUUCUCAAUUUACCCGCGGGCAUUUCUAUUAGUAACGUAGUACUUGUAAGUACUCUUUCACGAAGGAACUAGUAUUAACGAAAUUAUUCCGUCUAAAAUUACUGAUGUUGUCUUAAUAAAUAAACUCGAACUCGAGCUUGAACUUGGUAAGUACCUCUAAUACCAAGGUAUUUAAAUUCUGAACAACUUGGGCUCGUCCAUGAUACACCGCAGAACAGUUUAAAUUUGUUUUCGCUAUAAGAUACAUAACUGAGUUGAACUUUUGAUGGGUUUUUGCAUGGAUCACAAACAUUUCACAAGAAAUCUAAACUUUUUGUCCGGCUCCCCCUAGCCAAGUCUUGCAGCACACAUGCCAAAUUUGGAGAAUCGCUAAAAAGCUAAGAAAAGACCUUGUUUAUAUCCUUCAAGAAAACUGAAAAUUAAAAGUUGGCGAAGAUUUGUGUUUUAUUUGUAGGUUGCUUAUUAUUUGGAUCAAAGUUCCGUUAGUGGAGACGUGAACCAAGUGGAGGCAAUUGAACGAAAGGGUUUGCGUAAUUCUGAGUGGAAAGUGGGAUGGGGCAGUGAUUCGGGUGGAGGAGAUACAGUGGCGCUAUUGAAGUGAGUAACCUUACUGUCAGCCUUAGGAAACAGCCGACAUUUGGCGACGCUACCACUGGUUUCCCCGCCAAAUGACGUCUAGGAAACUAGUGCAGAAAUUCCAUGCUGGUGACGCGUCACUACCCAGAUGUGGNCCAAACCAAGGUAUAACAACCAACAGCGCCAGACCACCUACAGCUGCACUCCUGACAGCAGUUCUACGCAGUACGAGGUCCACGUACUGUCUGUUUAUGAGGUUAUUAACAGACGUCCACCAACUGCCGGAAACGCUAUUGUGAAUAUCGUCAGCCGCGGAAAGUCAAAGAGACCGAUCGUUCUCGUCCUUGGUAGCUACGAACCGGUGAACUGGAUUCUCAAUUUACCCGCGGGCAUUUCUAUUAGUAACGUAGUACUUGUAAGUACUCUUUCACGAAGGAACUAGUAUUAACGAAAUUAUUCCGUCUAAAAUUACUGAUGUUGUCUUAAUAAAUAAACUCGAACUCGAGCUUGAACUUGGUAAGUACCUCUAAUACCAAGGUAUUUAAAUUCUGAACAACUUGGGCUCGUCCAUGAUACACCGCAGAACAGUUUAAAUUUGUUUUCGCUAUAAGAUACAUAACUGAGUUGAACUUUUGAUGGGUUUUUGCAUGGAUCACAAACAUUUCACAAGAAAUCUAAACUUUUUGUCCGGCUCCCCCUAGCCAAGUCUUGCAGCACACAUGCCAAAUUUGGAGAAUCGCUAAAAAGCUAAGAAAAGACCUUGUUUAUAUCCUUCAAGAAAACUGAAAAUUAAAAGUUGGCGAAGAUUUGUGUUUUAUUUGUAGGUUGCUUAUUAUUUGGAUCAAAGUUCCGUUAGUGGAGACGUGAACCAAGUGGAGGCAAUUGAACGAAAGGGUUUGCGUAAUUCUGAGUGGAAAGUGGGAUGGGGCAGUGAUUCGGGUGGAGGAGAUACAGUGGCGCUAUUGAAGUGAGUAACCUUACUGUCAGCCUUAGGAAACAGCCGACAUUUGGCGACGCUACCACUGGUUUCCCCGCCAAAUGACGUCUAGGAAACUAGUGCAGAAAUUCCAUGCUGGUGACGCGUCACUACCCAGAUCUGGAUAGUGACGCGUCAGUAUGGAAUGUCUGCGCUCGUUUCUUAGACGUGAUUUGGCGGGAAACCAGUGGUAGCGUCGCCAAAUGUCGGCUGUUUUCUCAAGCUACCUAAGUGUGAAGGUGUAUAAGUUUAGAAUUUUUAUCAUUUAAACAGAAAAUUAAGAUGGCUUGUAACAAUCAAACCUGAUGGUAUUCACAAUUUUUCCAUGCCAUCAGUUUAACAAAUUGACGCCAGUUUUUUGUCAUCUGUCUCCUUAUUGAUGAUAAAAUGAAGUCAUAACAUUGUCAAAGUGUUGUGGAACCUCGAGCCGUAGGCGAUAAAAAACUGGCGUCAAUUUGUUUUUUACAGUAAUAAAUGUUCGAAAGAGUCAAUAUUGCCUGUAAAAAUGAAAAUAACACAAACGAAAGAGAACAAAAAGGGAAAAAAAAUCAUCAAAGAUAAAUUGACUGCAGCGUUAAAACAUCUGCGUUCGAUGAUGGAUCCUUUUUUCUUCUAAAACAAGUAAACAACGUUUAUUGGUUAGAAUGCAUUGUUGAUACAAUUUUACUGAAGUACUUUUGCAUAAGUAUUACGCUAUAGCUGUAUCUCUAGUCUUGUCGGUCUUGGACGAUUCAUGUACCAACCAAAAUUUCCCUUUUCGUAGGCAGGUUUACAACAGGUUUGGCGUGGUGACAUCAUUUACGAGCACUUACAGAGCAAAUAAAUGGUCAUUAGAAUUGUCUUCCUCACACGGUAACGAA